AUGUCAACAAAUCAAUAUACAAAAAACGAUUAUUGGUUUAAUGAAAAUAACGUUAAGAUAAUAAAAAAUCUAAUUUUAUCAUUUAUUCGAUUUGCUGAAUUCAAUAGUUCUAAAUCAAAUAUUGAAUUUAUUGCUAAUGAAGAAUAUGCUGAUGAAUUUCAAAUGAAGAAAGGAGUAACAUGUAUUCUUUAUCAAAAUGGUGUUUCAACCGAUUUUGAAAUUCCAAGUAGACCAGGACAACCAUAUGGAACAAAUAUAUCGCAGUCAGUUACUCCUGAACAAGCAAAUAUCAUUGGCAAACCUACACCAAUUGUUACGUCUAAUGAUGUUACUACUGAAAAAGUUACUAUCGACGUAACACCUGCAUGGUUCAAACCAGUGAAGCCUAUUCCUAAGGAAAAAAUUCGCUUUCCUGUUAAAUACGACGAAAAUUCUCCUACGGAUGUUCGUACAUACAACUGUUUGUCGACCUUUCGCUCCAUGGUGAAGAAAAAAUCAACAAUUGACUUUGUGGUCGAACCCUUUUCAUCUGCGGUAAACAAUACUGAGACAUUUGUAGUAGUUCUUAACGAACUUGCUGAACAACUUGGUGCUCGUCUGACCUUUACUCAUGCAGACUAUAAAUAUAAUGAUAGCGAUUAUCGAACUGCAUGUGGAGUAACCAAUCUCGGUAACAUCCAUUCAUUUCUUGCUUCUGAAGGAAACUUUCAAACUGCCAAAUUUGAUCUUCGUUUGGACCUCAAUUAUGAUGAUAUAAAAGCAACGCCUGAAUCAUUAAGAAAUUUUGUUUUAACAACUAUUUAUGAUAUUGGUGCUGUUGUAAGAUGUGAUAAAGAUUUUAUUCGAGUACUUUCCAUGAAGCGAGCUUCAUCGAUCCUUGUCGAGAUCAGCUUGACUACAUUGGAACGAAGUGAAACCGAAAAACUCGCUAAAUCAUUUAAAGAGGAACUAAAUAAGAUUUCGACAACAAAUCGCGAUGAUAUUGUAAACAAAGAAUCAAAAAGAUCGAUUGCAUCAUUGACAGAGAAGUUGAACAAGAUAUCAUCAGCAAGACGUCCAAGUAUUUUGAAAUAUCUGGUUCCAGAGAAGUACGAUCAUAAAAUUGAACCAGCACUUGCAUUUUUGCAGUUGCAGCAAUCAGAUUUUGAACCUGAAUACAAUCGUGACUAUCCGUCUGCUCAUGAAGAAACAAGAGGCAGUCUUCCAUAUCAUUUUCCACAAGGAUGGUAUCGUCAUGCUCUUAAAGUCAUCGAUAAAUACCCUGAUGACAAAGCUUGGCUUGGCAUGAAUAAUGGCUCGGGCGAAUGGGCUGUGGCCUACCAUGGAACAAAAACGGAUGCAGUGAAAAGUAUUAAAAAUGAAGGAUUGUUACAUACGUUAGUCACUGCGGAUUUUAUGAAAGAUGAAGCGAAAAAGCAAAAUCCGUCGAUUCCAGAUGUGAAAGGAUUAUAUGUGGCAACAAAUUGCGAAGGAGGAGCUUCGAUUUACACUAAGGCAUUUCUGAUAAAAGAUUCUAUAGGCGCAAGCAAGAACUAUCAAGUAGUAUUUCAAUAUCGAGUUCAACCAGGAAAAUUUACAGUACACAAUCGUGGUGUAAAUGUUGGAAUGGCAUGGCGAGUAUAUGAUGCAAAAGCAAUUAGAUCAUAUGGGUUACUUCUAAAGAGCUCGUAA